AUGACGGCCAGGCUUUCCCGAAGCCUACCACAGGUCAACCGCCGUGUCUUCGCUGGGUUAUCUUCCCGCGCGAUACCUCGCGUUGCGAAUGUUAAUGCCAGUGCCCGUGCUGGCUUGGUGGCACAUCGCAAUACCUGGAACCUCGCGCCUUGGACCUGCCGCGUAACACAGGCCAAUAUCGCGCGAUAUUCCCAUACAGAUUCUGGCUCAUCGGUCCAACCAAACCCUUCUAUUUUUGACGUUACCCCUUACAGGGGAUCGAGUAUCACGGAGAAACAUUGGAUGAGCCAGGACCUACCAGUUGUUGCUACCUUGAUUGAACCGCAAGCUAUCUUGCAUUUUAUCGAAUUCAUAAUGCAUGGUAUUCUACCGAACGGGAAGAAGACCAAUUUAGCUUUACCCAAUUCAGAUGAAUUCCCACUGUUCAUGGCUCCAAGUUCACAAUGGGCGCCUGCACCGUUCAACAAGGCCGCUCUCUCAACUGUGCAGAAGGCGAUAGAGCAGAUCACGGGCCCGGAGGAUUUGAGCGGGUUGUGCCACAUUGGGCAGAAUAUUCACUUUCUGAAAAGUUGCCUCUGGGGAGGCCUUGCCCCCGUGCCUGCAUCGCGGUGGCGCGAAAAAGAUCUCAACCACCCGGACAAUUUCACAAUCGCCCAUGAAUACCUGACCUCCGUUAUUGCUGUCUUCGAGUACCUAAAUAUUCCUCAGAUCAGGACUAACAUGUGCGACACCUUCAACAAAAUAUCUGGUGACUUCGGAGAAAUGCAGGACGCCUUGAAUGCACGGCGCAAGGCCCAGGGCAACCUUUCUCCCGAGCUCAACCUUGUUGCUCUUUGGGAACAAUUCAUUCGCGCGCUGUACGAAGUCAUGACCAGCACCGCGCAUUCCUGGGUUCUGGCCCGCGUUGCCGAAUUACGUGAACGGACAUCGGACAGCUUCAGUGCGAUCCCGGCUGAUAAUCCAGAAGGCCCAGAAAUGAAAAUCUUCUCACAGCGGUGGACCGACCUCAUUGCUGUCACUUCAAUGGCAGAUUUCAAUAUUUGGAUAUCCAUGGAUGGGUACAACGGCUACGAUGCGCCCUCCGAGAUCAUCGCAGGGCUACACAAUCCUAACUUAGAGGACCAAGACAAGAACUACGGGUUUUCCAAGCUCCUGUUUGACCGACUCGCAAAAUGCAUCGAGGCUCAGAACGAGGCUGCAACGGUACAGGGCCCAAGCGCGACGCAGAGUGACGCGGCCCGCCGCGAGCGCCUUUCUAUUAGCACAGUAGUACAGAAUGAACUGCGUGAAAAGAUACGCGGCCGGGUGCCAUCGCCGCAGCCACCUGUACAGCCCUGGAUCCAGCAACUCCUUCGGGCGCAGGAGGCGAGCUUGGACAUGCACCCACGGGAGAGCCACGACUGUGGCUUCGGGUUAGCAAUCUACCGCGCAGCGCACAAAUUCUCCGAUGAGCAGUGGGAAAGGCUACAGCGGGACUUGGAAGCUCACUUGUCGGCAUGGAGUGAUGACGUCCAGCGCGCAGACGAGCUCAAACCACUGCUCAAACUGCAUUGGUUCGACUGCAAGGAACUAGGCAUCGACAUAACUAACCCUAUAACAGCAGCAAGGAGACACUACCAACAAAUCCGGUCCUUAGACGAGUGGAACCAUAAAAUAGCACCGUCUGUUUUCCUUCUCAUCGAUUACAUGGGCGUAAACUCAUAUCUCGACGACAAAUUCUACGCCUCCUUCACAAAGGACAAAAGCUUCCUCAAUGGGGACUUUCAAGGCCAUGUCCUGGCUGUCGGUGCAGACUUCGAUGAUAGUGCCACUGCAAACGAAAGUGCAGACAGAAUAGCCAAUGAAGACCCACAGGAUGAAGGCUUUAAAUACCCGGGUCACAUGCGCAUCCUAGGUAACCUAGUCUGGAGCGAGCUCUAUCCUAUGCUAAUGCUGCAGUCUGUGGAACUUGAGGAUCUCUGGCGGCAGGCGCGAGAACAUCCGAUGAAGAUAUAUACGGGGCCGACAGUGCCGAGUCAAGUUGAGCCAUGGAAGGAGUGGAAUGCCACGAAGACCUUUAUGAUGGAUAGCUUUGUGGAGUUUCUAAAACAGAAGAACCCCACCUUAGCAGGAAAAGUAGAAGGGUUGAGGAAGGAGGGGUCUCUUUAA